GCAGUGUCGUCACCUUAUCAGGAAGAGAAACACAAGCAACAAGGUGGCGGCGUCGGAAGCCACUAAAAAGGCGUAAUGCCAUUGCUUUUCCAUGCCGAGAACACAUUAUAAACCAUAGUUUUGAAAAGUAAACGCCAUUUUUGGCGAUACAUGCAUCGUACAAAAAUACUUGGUCGGAGUUAACUUUUCUCGUGUUCGACCAAGGACGUCCAGCAAGGUGUCGUUACGCGCACAAUGCCGGAUGAGAUGCAAAGAGCUUUAAUCCGGAGCCGAGGCGACGCAGGAGGAUGCGGGCCUCUGGAAGGAUGCGCGUUUGAAGCCGGCGAUCAACUAGUCGGCAUCUUGGGCACCGGCGACUUCUCCCGCUCACUUGCCAGGAGACUGGUGGCUUCUGGUUACCAGGUGGUCGUGGGGAGUCGAACCCCCAAACGCUGUCUAAUGCUGUUUCCUGAAGAGGCAGAGGUGACCUCCCAGCUGGAGGCGGUCAACAAGGUGGACCUGGUCUUCGUUGCCGUCUUCCCAGAGCACUACUCCACAUUGCAGGAGUUGAAGCCGACGCUGGCUGGGAAGACGUUGGUGGACGUUAGCAACGGCUUGCACGUCAAGCGAGGCGGGCCGUCCCACGCAGAACGGCUGGCCGACAUGUUUCCUGAGAGCUCCAUAGUGAAAGGGUUCAACACAAUAUCGGCGUGGGUGCUUCAGACCGGCCCUCGAGAUGGAAACAGGCAGGUGUUCUUGUGCAGUGACAGCAGCCAUGCCAAGAGCUCAGUCAUGGCACUGUGUCGCAGGAUGGGCUUCUGUCCUGUCGAUAUGGGGCCACUAUCCUCUUCUGUGGAGAUAGAAAACCUCCCCCUCUACCUAUUUCCUUCCUGGGGCACCCCCAUCCUCAUCAGCGUGAUCCUCUUCCUCUUCUUCUACUUGUACAACUUUGUCCGUGACGUCUUGCAUCCCUUCGUCACCGGAGGAAAGAGCGUCUUCUACAAAAUGCCCAUUGAGACGAUCAACGUCACUCUACCCUCCGUCGCCUUGGUGAUGCUGGCGCUCGUCUACAUGCCGGGCCUGUGCGCCGCGGCGCUCCAGCUCUGGCGGGGCAGCAAAUACAAUCGAUUCCCCAACUGGCUUGACAAAUGGCUCGUCAGAAGGAAGCAGUUUGGGCUGUGCAGCUUCCUGUGUGCGGCCAUGCACGCCAUCUACAGUCUCUGUCUGCCCAUGAGGCAGUCGGCCCGCUACAAACUCCUCAACGCCGCUUUCAAACAGGUGCAAGAGGGCGUGGAGAACACCUGGAGUGACGGGGCGGUGUGGAGAAUGGAGCUGUACCUCUCGGUGGGCAUCUUGGCGCUCGGAAUGCUCUCUUUGCUAGCCGUCACUUCGCUGCCCUCAGUGGCUGACAGCAUCAACUGGCGAGAGUUCAGCUUCAUACAGUCCACACUGGGCUAUUGCGCCCUGUCCAUGGCCACCGGCCACACGCUCCUCUUCGGCUGGGACCGCGCUUUCGACCCGGACCAAUACCGCUUCUACCUGCCACCCACCUUCGUUCUGGUCCUCGUCCUUCCGAUCACGGUCCUGCUGGGCCGCCUCGCCCUCCUGCUGCCCUGCAUGGCCCACCGCCUCCAACAGAUACGCCGCGGCUGGGAGAGGAGUCGGUACAUCCACUUCAUUUUGCCCAAUGACGGCUGCUACAACGGCCUGGAUGAUGUCAGCAAUGUUUGAUGUGCACUGGACAAAAAGUAGAGCUCUUUGAUCGUGCCAAACUUAGUUUAUUGCGUGUAAUUUAAAAAAAAAACAAAAAAACCAAUCACUUCUGUUGACCUUCAAUCUUUAACUGCAGGAUUUUGACUUCUAAUGUAUUCCUUAGUCCUGCUGUGUGCGUCUAACUGCUGCCCUCUACAUGCUCAUGUCGUCUAAACUGGGGUCUAAACUUGUCCACCUAUUUUAAAGAGCUUUGAUUAAAGCCUUUUCUCCUCUUCAAAUAACCUCCUGUUGAAAGAGACGUUAGUAGCUUGAAUCUCUUUUUGAGGUCACAGACAAACAUUUAUAAUGUGUGGAUGCUGCCAUCUUGUGGCGCUAGAAGACUUGUCACUUGAUAUCUGCUCAGGAUGUAAGCCUCUUUAAUCAGUCCUGGUUUUACCACACCUUCCACCCAAGCCAUAAUGUACUGUACUUGAGCAGGGCCGGCUCUAGAUUUUUUGUGGCCCUAUUUAAGUCUUUUAUAUUACCAGUCACUUCCUCCAGGAACUUGCAACCGCAUCAAUUCAUGCAAAUUUGAAUUAUGUGCGGCCUCUCAACUUUGUCUAACUUCCAUGCACAUUUUGACCAAUAAGCGUCAUUUUAAGCACUCAAAUUUAAAAUCUACCGUCUAAUCAAAACUUAUGUUUGUGUCUUGUGUACACAGGGACAACGUGUGACAAUCUUAUCAACUCUUUAUUGCUCAAACGGCACAUUUGUCGUCCUUCCUUCCAGCUCCGACCUACUUCCUGUUCCUGUCUACAGUGCUAAGCCUUCUGGGUAAUGUAGACUAUAAACAUUUAUUUCCUAAUUUACACGUGUUAAUAUAGUUAUCCAACACUCAUUUAUUUUCGGUAAGACAAUAAUUGAAUUUCAUUUGCAAAAAGGCAGCCUUUACAGUAAAUGUUAGAGAUGUUAAAGUGUGAUGAUAGUCUGUUUUUUUUACCAAAAUAAAUUAUCAUUUUAGAUCGCCCUGAACAGUUCACAAAUGCACUUGAUGUGCGUGGGUAACAUAAAUUAACAUUUAAAAUGGACAAACAUUUUUCAAGCGUAAAACAUACAAAGAGAAUGUCUGCAACUUGUGGACAACAGAGCAGAUAGCAGACAUUAAGCAAGCCUCAGUGGCCUAGUGGUUAGAGUGUCCGCCCUGAGAUCGGUAGGUCGUGAGUUCAAAACCCGGCCGAGUCAUACCAAAGACUAUAAAAAUGGGACCCAUUACCUCCCUGCUUGGCACUCAGCAUCAAGGGUUGGAAUUGGGGGUUAAAUCACCAAAAAUGAUUCCCGGGCGCGGCACCGCUGCUGCCCACUGCUCUCCUCACCUCCCAGGGGGUGAUCAAGGGGAUGGGUCAAAUGCAGAGGACAAAUUUCACCACACAUAAUGUGUGUGUGACAAUCAUUGGUACUUUUUAACUUUAACUUUAACUUUAGUCAUGUUUAUUUUUAUAAUCAGAAUUAUUACUAUUAUCAUAAAUUAAACCGUACAGUAAUUUGAUAAUGAGCUCUGAGUAUGUGCUUUUACUGCCAUCUAGUGGCUGCUUUUAAGUCUCUGUGGUAUAAAACAAGUAAAACAUCAACACAGUAUUAGUUUUAUAAUUUUUGUUGCAAUCCUUUGCUUUUUGAGUUUAAGGUUACAAGGAACAAUUCAAACAUUGAUAACAAAUUAAUUAAAUCUCGAGGUGAUUCAAUGUUUUUGAAAGUAAAUUCAUUCUCAAAACAUCGCAUUUUUUGCCGCGACUUUCUGAAAAAGCUGCCGCGAAUUCAGGCAUGUUAGGCCGCAAAAAUCGCACACACAAAAAAACUGGCCAGAACCAAUUAACAGCAGCAAUGACGAGUGUUUACGACUCUCAGCGUACCCAAAGUAGUGCAGUCUGCAUAAAAGAUAACCUGCUAAGUAAGGGCUUGAGUGGUUGCUGACCAGUGUGACUCCAAGAUGCAGAGAUGGCAAGCGACAUGCAAGUAACGGAUAAGGGAUGAUUAGAUAAACAACAAACAGUGAACCAGCCCUGAAGGAGGGAACAUGGUGGAACGAAACACAAGUAAUUAACAAAGAGGAACAUGUGUGCGGGCAGGACAAGAACAGAAAGUAAGGGUACUGCAGAACAGGGCUCAAACAUGAAAUAUACUGUAGCCAAAAUAAGACCACAAUAACAGGAAAUUGUAUCAAACCAGAAAAUAACGCACAAAGUCUGAACUGUCAUGUGUGAUUCGUGACACAACCAAAACAUGUGCCAGUCUUCUCAAUGUGAUAACCUGGAAGCACAGUAGACGGCGCACUCCAUGAUCAGAAAGUCCACAAUAUUUACAUGUCUUAGUUUCCUCCAUGUUUUUCAUAAAGGCUUUGAACCAGUGGCGUUAUUUGACCUUUACACAGUAUUCCUUUCGAACUUUAAUCAAGGUUCCCAGAACGCACCACAAUGAUGUGCCCUUUUGAACUUUAAUUAAGGUUCCCUGAAUGCACCACAAUGAUGUGCCCUUUUGAACAUUAAUCAAGGUUCCUUGAAUGCACCACAAUGAUGUGCUCUUUCCAACUUUAAUCAAGGUUCCUUGAAUGCACCACAAUGAUAUGCUCUUUCGACCUUUAAUCAAUGUUCCUUGAGCGCAACACAACGAUGUGCUCUUUCCAACUUUAAUUAAGGUUCCUUGAAUGCACCACAAUGAUGUUCUCUUUCAAACUUUAAUGAAGGUUCCCUCAAUGCACCACAGUUAUGUGAUCUUUCAAACUUUAAACAUUGUUCUUUGAACGCACCACACUUACAGUAUGUGCUCUUGCGAACUUUGUAUAAGGUUCUCUGAAUGCACCAAAAUUGUGAUCUUUUGGACUUUAAUCCAGGGUCUUUGAAAGCACAACACAAAUAUGCUCUUUCGAACUUUAAAUAAGGUUCCCUGAAUUCACCACAAUUAUGUGCUCCUUAGAACUUUAAUCAAUGUUCAUUGAAUGCACCACAUAUACAUGCUCUUUCGAACUUUAGUCAAGGUCCCUUAAUGCAGUGGUUCUCAACUGGGGGUACUCGUACCCCUGGGGGUACUUGAAGGUAUGCCAAGGGGUACGUGAGAUUAUUUUUAAAAUGUCUGUCGAAAAGAAUAG